AUGCCCCGCAUCGACGCGGACCUCAAGCUGGACUUCAAGGAUGUCCUGCUCCAACCCAAGCGCAGCAGCCUCAAGAGCCGGUCCGAGGUGGAUCUGGAGCGAAACUUCACGUUUCGGAACUCGAAGCAGACCUACUCAGGGAUUCCCAUCAUCGUGGCCAACAUGGACACAGUGGGGACCUUCGAGAUGGCAGUGGUGAUAUCACAGCAUUCCAUGUUUACAGCCAUUCAUAAGCAUUAUACCCUGGAUGACUGGAAGCUCUUUGCCGCGAAUCACCCAGAAUGCCUGCCGCAUAUAGCCGUGAGCUCGGGCAGUGGGAAGAAGGAUCUAGAGAAGAUGAGCAGCAUCCUGGAAGCUGUGCCACAGGUCAAGUUUAUUUGCCUGGAUGUGGCCAAUGGGUACUCAGAGCAUUUUGUGGAAUUUGUGAAACUCGUCCGUGCAAAAUUUCCAGAACACACUAUUUUGGCAGGGAACGUGGUGACAGGCGAGAUGGUGGAAGAGCUGAUUCUUUCUGGAGCAGAUAUAAUCAAAGUGGGAGUUGGGCCUGGUUCCGUGUGCACCACCCGCACCAAGACCGUGGGCUACCCCCAGCUGAGCGCCGUGAUCGAGUGCGCGGACUCUGCCCACGGCCUCAAGGGGCACAUCAUCUCUCUUCUAGGAGCAAGGAAGGCAAACAGAAUGUAUACUGAUGGGAGAAGAGACGGUGGUACUAGAAGACACUUACGAGCUAAGAAAUAUCUGGAGGAUAUGGAGAGAUAAAUCACUGCACCUUCCAAGAUGAUUCUGAACAACCACUCAAACUAUUCUUUAAUGCCCAGAAAUGUAUGGCUUCUUCUACUUAAUCCAUUUCUUCUAUACAACGUGAAGAAAACAAGUGCAAAGGAUAGACUAAGGUCAUGGACUACAGGUGCUUUGCUGGUUUCUAGA